AUGCCUCCAGCCAUUAGCGACGAUGAGGCGUCCGACGUGAGUGUCGAGCAGCCGCCGAAACGCGAGCGCCCGAGUGUUGCAUAUAAAGUUGAGGAGGAGGAGGACGAGGACGAAUCAGACGAUGAUCUUGCCAAGAAAGGGACCAAUGGGGGUGCUGCAGAAGACGAGGAGGACGAGGACGAGGAUGAAGAGGGUCUGGACGACGACGAAUAUGUUGUCGAGAAGAUUCUUUCGCACAUGAUUGCCGAGGACGGACAACCACGGUUCGAGGUGAAAUGGGAGGGUUUCGAGAAGAAAUCUGACCGCACAUGGGAGCCAGAGGAGAAUUUCGAGGGCACAGCACAAGCAAUUCUCGACGACUACUUCACCAGCAUUGGCGGGCGCGAGAAGCUCUUCGAGGAGACCACCAAAGCUCUCAACACCAAGAAGCGCGGCCGGCAGUCUACUGGCAACGGAGCGGGAGGUAAUGCGAAGCGCGCCCGCCAAAACGGACACCCUGCGGACAGCGAUGCGCCGCAGAGCAAGAAGGCUGUUGAGUUCAAGCCUCCAGCUGGUGGAUGGGAUGACCUGGUCGAGACAGUGGAUAUGUUCCGCAAUGAAGACGGCGCACUCACCGUUCUCCUAAACUGGAAGAAUGGACACAAGACGCAACACCCCACGAAGCAGGCAUACGCGAGAUGCCCUCAAAAGAUUUUGCAAUUCUACGAGUCGAAGAUCAACUUCAAGACCGAUUGA